UGCGGCGGCGCCGGGGGGGCGGGGCGCAGCGGCCGUCAGCUGACUGUGGCGGCGGCGGCGGCGGCCUCGCGGUGACAACCGUCCGCGUCGCAGGCUCCGGCGGGUGUUUCUCGGGUCGGUGAGGCGCGGGGCCCGCGGCAGGAUCAUGGCGACCACUGUCAGCACGCAGCGUGGGCCGGUGUACAUCGGGGAGCUCCCGCAGGACUUCCUCCGCAUCACGCCCACGCAGCAGCAGCAGCAGAUCCAGCUGGACGCCCAGGCCGCGCAGCAGCUGCAGUACGGAGGGGCGGUGGGCACCGUGGGCCGCCUCAGCGUCACCGUGGUGCAGGCAAAGCUGGCGAAGAAUUACGGCAUGACCCGCAUGGACCCGUACUGCCGGCUGCGCCUGGGCUAUGCCGUGUAUGAGACACCCACGGCCCACAACGGUGCCAAGAACCCACGCUGGAACAAGGUCAUCCAGUGCACGGUGCCCCCGGGGGUGGACUCUUUCUACCUGGAGAUCUUCGAUGAGCGAGCCUUCUCCAUGGACGACCGCAUCGCCUGGACGCACAUCACCAUCCCCGAGUCCCUGAAGCAGGGCAAGGUGGAGGACGAGUGGUACAGCCUGAGCGGGCGGCAGGGCGACGACAAGGAGGGCAUGAUCAACCUGGUCAUGUCCUACACG